UUUUCUCUGCGACAGAAACCGCCUUUACGUCUCGCUUCCUACUAGCCGCUGUCGGAUGAAGAGUGAGCAAAUGCAGCGUUGACCAGGAGAUAGCUAGCCAGCUAAAUUCCUAAACAAGCUGAAUGCUGUGAUGUCUUCAGGGAUGACUGGACAAACGCCGUGCGUUACAACUAGCAGAUGGGACCAGCCCGCCCAGCCCAAACCGAGGGUGGAUGUGAUGCAGGCCUGCGUGGGAAACUCAUCGCACCCUAGUGUCCCUGCUAGCUGUACGUCAGUCACCAACCAGAACGCAACCCAGAAUAGAGGUCCCGGGACAUUGCGGUCUGAUGGGGAUCAGACAGCCUCACAAGGCGGAGUGGAGAUGGCUGCAGCCAUGGCGGCUAAAAUCAAUGCCAUGUUGAUGGCAAAGGGAAAGUUGAAGAUUCCCCCACCGCUACCGUCUAAGGUACCUUCAUGUUUGUCAGUGUCCAGUACGGCAGAUGAAACUGUAGUCACAGAGGUUGACAUUAACGAUGUCCCAAUAAACUGUAGAAACCUUCUUACCAAAGGCAAAACUCAAGAAGAGAUUCGCCAGUGCAGCGGGGCGGUAGUCUCAACCAAGGGUCACUACAUGAGUGAUAUGGACAAAGGAAAAGCAGUAGAAAGGCCUUUGUAUUUGCAUGUCCAGGGCCGGAGUCAAGACGAGGUUAAUAAGGCCGUGAGAAGAAUUAAAGAGAUCAUCUCUGAGGAUGUGUUGCGGACGGCCGCGGCGCUGGGAGGGCAGCAGGUGCCCAUCAUUCCUCCUCUGACUCUCUACCCCCAGCCCUCCCGCACCUCAUCUGCCCCUCACAUGCCCCGGACGCCCAGCAGCUGCUCCUCCACCCCCCAGGGACACAGACCUGCAGCUCCACACUCAGGGAGUUUUGUGCACACAAAGAUCUUUGUGGGUCUGGACCAGGCCCUGCCCUCCUUCAAUGUGAACGAGAAGGUGGAAGGUCCUGGAGGGACGUACCUGGGACACAUUCAGACUGAGACGGGGGCGAGGGUCUUUCUCCGGGGGAAGAGCUCUGGCUACAUCGAGCAGGCGUCCAGGCGGGAGUCCUUCGAGCCUCUCUACGUCUACAUCAGCCACCCAAACCAGACAGGACUGGAAUCUGCAAAGAAACUCACCGAAAGUCUUCUAGAAACAGUGAGAGCUGAACACUCGCAAAUGGUGUCCAUAUACACAGCUACUGGUUCUACACAACCAUACGCAGCACAUGGAUAUCCACCUAAUAGCAAUUACUCUAGCCAGGGGUCCUGGUAUAGCUACCCUGCAAAUGGGUAUGCGGGCGGCUAUUCACCGUACCCAGGAUCCAGUGGUUAUUGGAGUAGUGCAAAUGGUGCCCCAAGUCAUUCUAACCUGUCGACAACCCCUCAAUCUUCUCAGGCAAUGGUUCAGUAUCCAGUCUGUCCUAGGAAACCACAUCCCUAUCUAGUACAGGACCCUGGGAGCACUGACUCUGAGGCAGACGAAGGCUCCUCCACCAGCCCGCCUCAGACAGGAAGCCCCAAGCGCCGUUUCCAGGAAGAGGCCCAGGACGAGCUGGCGUCUCAGCCUGCUGAUGUCCCGGCUGCCGAGAGCUCUCCCCCUACGGCACCCUCCAGGGUGGAAGAAGGAGCAGAAAGGAUGUUGAUGCCACCGCCUCCACCCAUGCCCCCUGUGUUCGCCGCGCCUCCAGCACGCAAGAGAGCCCGAGAGCCAGUGAGCUUGCCCCCCAGUCCCCCCUCAACCCUGGAAGCGCCGGAGGAGGAGAGCGUGAAGAAGCCUCGGGUGGUGCCGGACGCCUCGGGCCUGGUGCCGUACGGAGGGGACUCCUCAGACGAGGAGGAGGAGAGGACGCGCAGCAGUAAGAUGGUGUAGCUCCCCUGUGGCCAGA